UGAGGGAAGACGGCGUCGUCUGCAGUGUGGUGCUGCCACUGAACAAGUAGGGUUAUUGUUGUUCUGCUCCUCUACUAUCACCUUUCUUACUCCAUUAAUAUGGCUCCCACACAGGUCAACACGGGUAAUCCCGCCCUCGACGAAAAAAUCAAAGAGUGGCUGGAAUGGGACAAGAAUGACAAGACACGUGAAGAGAUUGUGAAGCUGAUUUCCAAUGAAGAUGAAGCAACACUGAAGAAGCUACUACUGAACCGGAUGCUUUUUGGCACUGCUGGACUUAGGGGACGCAUGGGAGCUGGUUAUGCACAAAUGAAUGAUCUUGUCAUCAUACAAACAUCACAGGGGCUUGGCAGUUACCUUGCAACCAUUAACCCAGAAGCAAAGGCGAAGGGCAUUAUUGUUGGUCAUGACAGUCGACAUAAUAGUCAUAGGUUUGCCAGAUUAGCUGCUGCAGCUUUUCUGAAUGCUGGAAUACCUGUGUAUCUCUAUGGAAAAAUUGUGCCAACACCCUUUGUACCAUUUGGUGUGCGACAGUUAGGAGCAGCUGCUGGCGUCAUGGUCACAGCCUCUCAUAACCCCAAAGAAGAUAAUGGCUACAAAGUUUAUUGGGAAAAUGGAGCACAGAUUAUACCACCAAAUGAUAAAGGCAUACAACAAAGCAUUGAAGAUAAUCUUGAACCAUGGGAAAAUGCUUGGGAUCUUGAGACAGCACUGGCAGAUCCUAGGUUGAGUGAUCCCUUGGUGGAUAUUUCUAAUAAAUACUUCAGCAUGCUGGCAGACUCCAUGCUUGAUAAGGAUAUGAACAAGGCAUCACCACUCAAUUUCACAGUCACUGCCAUGCAUGGAGUGUCUCAUGACUACAUGGUUGAGGCAUUCAAAUAUUGCAACUUUAAGCCACUAAUUCCUGUUAAGGAACAAAUGGUUCCUGAUCCAGAAUUUCCAACUGUUAAGUUUCCAAAUCCUGAGGAAGGAAAGAGUGCACUUGACUUGUCCUUCAAGACUGCUAAUGAAAACAACUCAACAGUGAUCCUGGCUAAUGACCCAGAUGCAGAUAGACUUGCUGUAGCAGAGAAAUUACCCAGUGGUCAGUGGAAAGUAUUUACCGGAAAUGAGGAAGGAGCACUACUUGGUUGGUGGGCUUGGUACAGGAGUCGUCAACUCACUCCUCAUAUUAAACCUAGUGAUUGUUACAUGGUGGCCUCCACAGUGUCUUCAAAAAUCUUACGUGCCAUUGCAAAUAUGGAAGGAUUUCAUUUUAUUGAAACGCUAACAGGUUUUAAGUGGAUGGGUAAUGUGUCAUAUGACCUCCUGCAAGAAGGCAAGACUGUGUUGUUUGCAUUUGAAGAAGCUAUUGGAUUUAUGAAUGGGUCUGAGGUCUUGGACAAAGACGGAGUGUCUGCUGCCAUGCGUCUGGCAGAGAUGGCAACCUUUCUCUCUAAGCAGAAUCUGACUUUAAGUAGUAAAUUGAGAGAGAUUUACAAGAAGUAUGGGUAUCAUACAAGCAACAACUCGUAUUACAUUUGUCAUGACCAGAGCAUUAUCAACAAGAUGUUUGACAGAAUUAGGAAUUUUGAUGAACCAAAUAGUUACCCAAAGACGGUUGGAAAUGGCAGAUUCACUGUAACUGAUGUGCGGGACUUGACCACUGGAUAUGAUUCUUCACAGCCCGACAAACAUGCAGUUUUGCCAGUUUCUAAGUCUAGUCAGAUGAUAACUUUUUCCUUCUCUAAUGGAUGUGUACUUACCCUACGAACAAGUGGAACAGAGCCCAAGAUUAAAUAUUAUUCUGAGAUGUGUGCCAAACCAGAGCAAGAAGACUGGGCAGCUCUAGAAGCAGAGUUAGGGGAGCUUGUGGAAACUGUGGUGCAGGAACUGAUGCAGCCGAAAAAAGAAUGGCCUCAUUCCACGACCUAACUAACUUCCACACUCGUCUACCCAGGCAUUUUCUCUCACAAAGAUUUUUAGUAUUUCAUUUGAGUUUAAAUUCUUUCUUUCUAAAUUACUUAAUGUAGCUUUUACAUUUUUCUUAUGGCAGAGUUACUAUACAUAGACCAUUUUGUGAUAUGCCUCUCAGGAAUUGACCAGAAGAAAAAACACAGCAGUACUGUACAUCAUUGGGCAUUAAUAUCUCAUAAAAAAUUGUGAAUGGUCACUCCCUAAGAUAUAACUAUCAUUCUGCUGUACUGCAAAUUUUGUGUUCUAAAUGUGCAAUGAUUUUUUUUAAACAUUAUCACUUCUUGAAUAAGUUUGAUGGCUGUAUUUUUUGUUUUUAAUAGAAUACAUUAAUUUGUUACAUGUAAAUAAAAUGUAUUUUAUUUGAGUAACCUGAGUAACCACUGCCUUGGGGGAGAUGACCACUGAGGAAACCCCACCACUCCUCCCCCCCCAAAAAUCAUAUUUAGAUUAUCUUUUAAAUUAUAAUUAAUUUCUUGGGCUAAGUUUAGUCAAAAUGUUAUUUUGUAAUUUGUUCAUAAGAUUCCGGCAGAAGCAAGCCACUAUAUAUCAUUUAAUAGAACUAUCGCAUAAGGAUAAACCUCUAAUGUAGACAUUUUGCUUAAGUAAAAGUUAUGACUAGCCGUAUGUAAAGUUCUAUAGUACAUAUGUCCACUUUAUAUAGAAGUUAAUGGCAGAAGCUGGAAUUCUUAUGCUUAAUUGACAGUAUUUAAUAACCAAAGUUCAUUGCUUUUGAAUCCAUGUAUGCUAUUUACACGGCUUGAUUAAGGAAGUAAGUUGGUGAUAGCAGUAAUUUUUUUUUUUUUUUUUGUAAAUUUUAAGUCUCUUGUGGUUCAUUCAGUACUACAAGUUAAUAUUAACACAAAAUUGUGUUACUGGUGAUUUUCCUUAUAUAACUUAAGAUGAGAUAUGCUCUUAUUGUUAUUUAUUAUUUUUUAUUUUUUUGGAGGGUAUUGUUAUUAAUAGCAUAAUUACCUGAUUGGUGUGUACUAAAAGCAACAAAAAACAGCAAAUGUUCAUUUGGCAUGGUUGUGCACUGAACUUUACAACUAUUUGUCACAAAGCUAUUAAUAGCAGUCCCAAAAUUUUCUUAAUGCAGAUAAAUUUGCCUGAAUGAGGUGAAAUAAAAAAUAACUUCAUGCACUGGCUGGCUCUACAUUACUCCCGAGGUUGUUACAACCUCACGUCCACCCAACUUCUGCUUCCAUGUGCGAAAGUCAACUUUCCUGCUGUAAUUUCUCACUCUCCUCCUUUCACUUUCAUUCUCAUGCAGUGUACUCUGAUGGUUCUAAGACCCCUGAUGGUAUUGGAAAUACACCGUUUUUCUUGAUAAAAUUAUAGUCGGUGUUUUCACAGCAGUUUUGCAUGCAAUUCUCAUGGGUAUCAUGCACACUGUGUCGGUCACCUCACCAUUCAUAGUUGUAUUGGACUUGCAAUACAUUACAGGCUAUCCAAAAAUUCAUUUUCAACUUUGAUUUUGCUGCAUUUCUAGUAAAUGCAAAGAUGUCAGUUUUUGCUGGCUGUCUGGAUACAUCUGUGUUCAGGGUAACAAGCAGGCUUAACUGCUCAGUCAGCUGUUCAUGAUCUCCCAGUUUCCCAGAGGAGUAUUCCUUGGAUCAUUUUUCACAAUCUCUCGACAGCUUUGCAACUGAUGGCAACGAUGUUGGUCCGAGUUGGUCCUCAACAAAUUAUUUUCUGUCUAAUCACUUUCGGGUUUCUAGCAGUUUUCAUCCCACCUCUGUCAUGCUUGGGAGACUGCACUCUCCCAUCUGUGUCUUGGCCACAUGUGCCUCGCUCAUGAAUACCUUGUGGAAAAAUGCCUGGCACCUCUUUGCAAGAACUGUCAAGUUGCACUGUCAGUUCAACAUUUUAUUGUCCAGCCUAUCAGAGGGCACACAGAAUUCAUUUCCAUCAUCUCUGCCACCCAGCACACUAAAUUGCAGACCUCUUUGCUGAAAGUUCCACCUUGACUUUUUAACAAAUUAAUGGAUUGCAUCAACUGUGAUUUUACUUUUCUUGUGCUAUCUGCUACUUCCAUAAACCCCUGCCCUUCACUCUCUCAUCACCUUUGCACAUUGCUUCUUUCAUAAAUCCCUCCCAGAAAUGCCAUAGGACCCUCUUGAGUUUAGUACUUAAUUUGAUUAUAUUAUUAUUGCCAUGUGGGAGAUCAUAACACUUGUAUGUUGAGACUAAAUCUUCAGUGAUUUUCAGCUUGAUCAAGUGUGCUCAGUGUGGAAUGUAAUCAUCAUAAUACUGUGCAGGUGCACUAUAUUCACAAUACUUGAAUACUGUAUUUGUAUGUGACUGAAACUGCUUUACUGUUAGUACAUAUUAGUAAUGAGUGUAGUACCAGACGUGUUCACAAUGUCAUCACUGGGCAGUUCCAUAGUUAGAGGCAGUAUCAAGUAAUUGAUAGAUUGAUAUAUAUUAAUGUAGAAAUGUGCACAUUAUUGCUGAGAAUUGCUAAUGUUGCAAGUAAUGCAGUGUUCUGUGAAAGGCUGUAUGUUGUAUAUAUCACCAGUGAUGUAUUAUGUAUAUUGUAGGAACUCAUCCCUCAGAGCUAUUUAAUUAUUUGUAGUGUGGUAUAAAAUAUAUAUUAAUAUGGCAAAGUUCUAUAGAAAGAGUUAUCCAAAAUAAUUGGGGGUCAAGUGUAAUUUUACUUUUUUUUUUAUAUAGUACUUCAAAAAAGAAAUUGCCCCAAUAUAUGUAUUCUUUUGCAUAUAUAAAAUAAUUUUUAGUUAUCAAAAAUUGUAUCUCAUUAUUAUUAAUUACAAUGUUAUUUAAUUAAAAUGUUUGAAUAC